UUCUGUCAUUGUUGAAUGAGAUCUUCCAUUUCCAGGCGAGAAAGUGCACGUGACUACCUUUCAAGAGAAGUCACUCUUAGCUACUUCUCCGUAGUUACUUCCCUUUCGUCCAAUUUGUUUCAUCUUCUAGUUCUACCUGCAGAUCUUUGUUUUACUCAUACCGACAUGUCAGACUCACCUAACAACUUCCCACCAGCUAAAAAACAGAAACUGACAACAAAUGAUGGUGCAAUCGGUGUUGAUGGAGAUGCACAUGAAGUCAUCCUUUCAACUGGAAAUGGAUUUCCUACUGAAAGUGAACAUUGUGUAAAGCAGCCAGUUAUCAGCACUGAAAGUACUGUGGAAUUAAUUAGUACUGUAGCAGAACACGAAAAUACUACCCAAAACUCAACUUUGACGUGCAAAGAGAAGCAAAAUGAUGGCCUACAGCUCAGGACAGAUGAUAUACAAGACCAGUCUAAUAAGAUACACUUGGGUACCAAUGUGUCAGAAUUGGAUGUUGGAAUUACAGAGUUCCUAUGCAAUCAUCCAGGAAUCUCUGCCAUCAUCAAACAAAGGUACUCUGAUUUUACAGUCCAUGAGGUCUCCUUGACAGGAAAGACCAUUCAUCUUACCUCGACAGAACUUCCUUCUGAAGAACCUGAGUUUCAGAUGCUGCAAGAAAGCAUUAUCCUGAAGAUAUAGAUGCUGACAUGCGGGUGCAUAUAUCGACUUGGUUGGCUGAUUCUAGAGAUAGGGAGCAUGG